AUGACUUUUCAACAUUAUGAUGAAGAAUCAGAUUUUGAGCAGUAUUCAGAAAAUGAAGAUCAGGACUACCUUCCAAGUAGUUUUGAAGAGUCUCACUCUGAAAGUGACUCUGAAAUGGAGAUGGAAAGUGCAGUGUACCAACAAAAAAGGUCCAGGUCAUUUUCUGAAAGUGAAAAUGAAGAAGUAAAACCAAGGAAAAGGGUUAUGACAAUAAAGGAAGAUACUGAUUACGAAAUGGUUAGCAAUAGUGAUUCUGACAUUUCUGAAAUUAUUCCGAUCCAAAUUCCUUCUUCUGGACCAAUUUCGUUACAGAACAUAAGUUCGGAUGAGGAAAAUGAUGACAGUGAUUUUGAUGAGGAGGAAAUCAAUCGUGAUGUUAAGAACAAAUCCAUAUUUGUCAGAAGGAUCAUGCAUUCAACAACCACAAAGAAAGGAAAGGCUAAACGGUCUGAUCGUGUGUAUAAUUCGAAAUGUAGCUGCCCUUUUUGUAGAAAGAUGUGUUCCAGUUUCGCCCAGCAUAUCUUCUCAAAAAAACACUGCAAUGAGCCAGAAGUAAAAAAAGUCUUGGCCCUCAAAGGCAAACAACGUAAAACCAUGUUGGCAGUAUUGCGCAGUAAAGGAAGUAAUAUUCACAAUGAAAAUGUCAUAAAACAGAAGAAAGGAGAGAUUCUUUUAGCACGACGAAGUGGAAAAGAACAAUUUGAUGUAACAAAAUAUGGGCCUUGUCCCAACUGCUUUGGAUGGCUUAGAUUGAGUGUUUUGGACAGGCAUCAAGCGCACUGUCCUGUAAAUAACUCGUCUGUACAUGUUUCAAAAGGGAGCCUUUUAAUGCAAAGUGCUGUUCUUGCAGGAAGGGUCACAGAAGAAGCAAGUCAGGCAUUGGUAAAAGAGGUCUUUUCCAUUAUGCUUGAUGAUAAGGUUGGAAAGAUUGCAAAAACUGACAGUUUGAUUAUAGCCCUUGGUAAUCAGUGGCUUACCAGAAACAUAGGAAACAAGCUAAUGAGAAAGCACUAUGUUUCUGCAGUGAUGCGUCUAGCAAGUAGGCUGCUUAUUCAGCUUCGGAUCCUGGCAACUCCCAACACCGGAAUUCAUCUUGAAAACUAUUUACAUCCGAUGUUCUUCACCCAUGUGGCACAAGCCGCUUUGAAAGUUGCCAGACAGGAUAAUGAUGAUGAAGAAAAUCUUGAAGCCCCAUCAAAUGCUAUUAAGCUUUCAUACGAUUUGAAGAGGCUCGGCAACAUAAAGUUGGCAAAGGCUAUAAAGAAUGGCGAUGAAGCAAAUCGAAAGGCUGCAAAAGAUUUCCUAAAGCUAAUGGAAAUAGAGUGGACCGCCAAACUGUCACGUGUCUUACUACAUGAACGCAAAAGCAACAAAGGAAUUAAUCUGCCCUUGCCAAAUGAUGUCCAAAAGCUUGCAUCAUAUCUCAAAAGAGAAUUGGAGUCAUUUAACACAUCUGAUGCAUCUUACGACAAUUAUCGAAAAGGCGUCGUCCUUGUAGAGUCUAAUUUGAUUACGUACAACCGUAGAAGGCCUGGAGAGGUACAAGCAAUGAGACUGACUGCAUAUGAGAAAAGAAAAACGGGCCUAGAUCAGUCAGAUGAAUUGACAGGUGUUGACCUGACCAAGUUUGAAAAAAGACUUGUGGAAGAUCAGGAUGUUAUUGAAAUUAGAGGAAAGUGUGGGAAAUUUGUGCCAGUAAUUGUACCAAAACAUGCCAGGAGGAUACUGAAAUUUCUAACCAGUGACAAUGUACGCAGGAGUGCAGGGGUAUCUGAAAGAAAUCCCUAUGUGUUUGCCAGCAACAGAGAAGGCAUAAUCCGAGGAUAUGAUGCUGUAAGAUCCGUUACAGAGGCUGCAGGGCUAGAACAUCCGGAAAGAAUCAGAGGAACAAAUAUGCGUCGGCUUAUGGCAACUCUUUCUCAGAUUUUAUUCUUUCAUGCUAUAGAUGUAACACCACAACAGCAGCAGUGGAUUGUUGAUCACCUGGGCCAUACACUGGAUGUGCACAAGAUCCAUUACAAAUGCACAUCAGACAUGAUUGAAAGAGUGGAUAUUGCUAAGUUGUUGUUGAUGAUGGACAAUCGACUGCUCGGGAAAUUUAAAGGGAAAAGAUUGGAAGAGUUUCAGUUGGAUGAGUUGCUGGAAAACAAUACAACUGAUCCUGAGUUGGAACCUGGACAGGCCAGUGGAGAUCUGGAGGAGCCUAUUGAGGAUCCUGAAAAUCAGGACAGUGGAAAUGAUGAAAAUUUUAUUCCACACCUACCUGUGGAGGAAGAGGAGUCCCUCCGAAAAGAACCAACCAGAAGGAAGGCCCCAACUUUCAACCGUCACAAGUGGAGUUUAACAGAACUAGAUGAACUCAGGGACAUUUUCAAGGCUUCCUUCAGAAAUGACAACACAUCAGGGCAAAAAGCUAUUGAAGAGGGGAAAAAGACCAGCAAAAGAAAAGGAGGACAAAUCUGGCAGUUGGACACAUCCAAAAUAAAGAAGAAAAUCUCUUUGCUAAGACUCCAUCCAACAGAUUAG